GCUGAUUGGUGAACAAGUCGAAUAACCACUUCCUAUUGGUUUACUGUAGUGACAUCAUCGCGCACUUAUUUGAAUGACGGAAGGAGCAUAUUUUCUGUGUGAGAUGUCUAAAAAUUAGCCAAGUGUACAUCAACAGCUGGUAACUUAUACUAAAUUAACCAGCCUUCUUUGUUCACUACGGUAAUAUUUGCUAAGCUAACGUUCAGGGCUAACGCUAACUUGUUAGCUAGUGCUGCUAACACAGUCUGUGCCUGUUUGCUCGAUUAAUAUUUUUAAGUGGACGUUUAUUUAUCGACUUUUUACAGGAAAUACUUACAGUAAGGACUUAAUUUAACCACUUUAGGAAGUCUAAGGUGAAUGAACGUGAAUGGCUGAUUAAAGAAUACGUUAAACGAAGGUUACUGAGUUGUGUUGAGACGCCAAAAGAAGAGCUGAAGCCCUUUGGACACUUGUUGAUCUCUUUCUGCAGACUGAACCGAUGAAACAGCAGGAACAAGUGGAGUGGGAUGACGUGAACAAACGUUUACAACAUCAUGGCUUUAAACCGGUGUUUUUUGCAGAUCCCGCUGAGAAUAAGAGUCCUGCAGAUUUGGUCCUUCUGGACAAGAAGUCGGCUGCUGAGCUGAGGACAACUCUGAGGGUGAUGCUCACAGACUCAGAGAGAAGGCAGGCCCUGAUCCAGGAGCUUGUCAUGUCCAACAACCAGCUCAAACGGUGUGAGAUUCUAGAGCAGAAGCUGUCGAAACAGAAAGAGGAGGCGACCCAGCUUCAGAGGAAACUCCAUUUCAUCACCAAAAAAGAAGAGCAGCGAUUGGCUUUGCAGCGUCAAGCCUCCCAGCAGAGGUCUCCUGCAGGUCAACAAGCCAGCUUCCUGUGGAGCUCGCCAAAACAAGACGGCACAGCUGAGAUGAGCGAGCUCGUCAGUGACCCAGCCAGGGAAGCCAGGCUGUGUGUCUACUAUCAUCACCUGUUGAGUGAGAUUAGUGCAGUUGUCACUGAUCAUAAAGGUGCUUUGAGAGUGCACCGACCGGACUUCCAGGAUGUCCUGUCUACACUGAAAGUGUGGGCGGAGCAGCUCGACCUGCUGAAGGGUCUUCAGUGCAGUUUAAAAGAGCUGUCUGUCAGACUAAUGCCCUUACAACCAUGUGAUGGUGGUGAUAACACUGACGAAGCAGCGGAGGUUGGAGACAUGUUGCUGCUUGUAGACGCCAUGCUGGAAAACGCCUCGGCUGAUGAUAAGAUGGGGCAGACUGACAAAAAUGAAUAUUUGUGUAACUGUAUCGUCAACUUUGUUUUUGUGUGGAGAGUCUUCCAUGUUACACUGAGUGUGGAUUACUGUCAUUCAGCAUCAUUCAGCAUGCUAACAGGGCUGUCUGUGGUUUUGUCAGACGGGGCUGUUUCUCCUGCUGAGGUUGUGAAACACGUGUCCAGACUGGUGUCCUCCAUUGAAAGCAUGGCGAGGUUCCCUGAGCUGCUGGGAGACAUUGAUAUCGACAGCAUCAUCAUGAAGGUGAAGCAGCACGAGGAGUUCUUCCCUGCUUUCCACGCCCUGGUUACAGCAAUCUUACAGACUCUAGGAGUGAGCCACCUAGACGACAUCCUGCCAGCUCUGAAGGCUUUGACAGGAACAGCACAGUGACCUGGAUCAGUCAAACCUCUAUUUUAUAAGCUGCCCUGAAAGCAUGGCUGAUGCUGUUUUCACUCUGUGUGGAUGAUGCCAACACAUUUUUACACUUUUGAUACUUUACCAUUGUAAACCUGGCAGGAGUAGAUGAGUUAAAGGCACGACGUGAUGGUGCCGUAGGAGGUGUGGUCUCUGCAAAUCAUGUCAGUGCUGUCAGCACUUGUGUUUGACAUCUGUGCACAGCUGUAACAAAAGCAGGUCACAAAUAUGGGAGGAAUAAAGCAUUUGUCAGCAG